UUCAGCACUCUGUGGCUCACAUUACAGUAGAAACCACAGCGGACCCAGCUCACUCUUUACCCACAAGUCUUAACCAAAAACACAAUGAAAAACGUCUUUUUGUUGCUGCUCUUGUGUCACGUUUCAUCAGCAGUGAAACACUCCCUGAAGUUUAUCUUCACUGCAUCUGCUGGAGUCCCAGACUUCCCAGAGUUUGUGGUUGUUCUAGAGGUUAAUGAGAUUCUGGCCGGUUACUGCGACAGCAACAAAAAGAGACCAGAACCACAACAGGACUGGUUGAAAAAAUUAUUUGAAGAUGAUCCUCAGCACUUGCAGUGGUACACUACAAAGUGUUCAGAUCAUGAGCCGCACUUCUUUAAAACCACACUUGAUAAUUUAAAGCAGCGCUUCAACCAAAGUGGAGGUGCCCAUGUUUUACAGAGGAUGAGUGGAUGUGAGUGGGAUGAUGAGACUGGAGAGGUUAAUGGUUUUAAUCAGUAUGGUUAUGAUGGAGAAGACUUCAUAUCUUUUGACCUGAAGACAUUGACAUGGAUCGCUCCGAAACCUCAGGCUGUCACCACCAAAUUGAGAUGGGAUAUUGACAAAGCUAGAAUAAAAUACAAUAAGAUUUACCUCACUGAGCUUUUCCCUGGGUUCCUGAAGAAGUAUUUGGUCUUUGGCAACAACUCUCUGCAGAGAAAAGACCUUCCCUCAGUGUCUCUCCUCCAGAAGACUUCCUCCUCUCCAGUCAGCUGCCACGCUACAGGUUUCUACCCUGACAGUGCCACACUCAUCUGGAGGAAAGAUGGAGAGGAGCUUCAUGAGGACGUGGACCACGGAGAGAUCCUCCCCAACCACGAUGGAUCCUUCCAGAUGAGUGUUGACCUGAACCUUUCAUCAGUCACACCUGAAGACUGGAGGAGGUACGACUGUGUGUUUCAGCUCUCUGGUGUGAAGAACGACAUCGUCACCAAACUGGACAAAGCAGAGAUCAGAACCAACUGGGAGAAGUCCAGUGACAUGACCGUGCCCAUCACUGCUGCAGCAGUUGUUCUUGUACUCAUCUUCAUCACUGCAGUUGGACUCAUGGCUUACAAAAAGAAGAAAGCCAAAUGCCCUCCAUCUCCUCCUGACGACGGAUCGGAGCUCUCUGAGAAACUGAAUCCAGAGACCUGAUUGUGAAACGCACUCAAUGAAGUUCCUCCAUAUAACACGUGUCACUUUAUUUAGCUUUACAGAACUUAGACUGACUAAAACGAGCCUUCCUGUCACAAAGUCUUGUAGUAGUUCUGUGGUAAUGGUUGUAUAUGUAAAUGUUAAAUGCAUUGGUAAGACUAGUGUAAAUAGAUAGACAGUGAUGGUGGUUGGACUGCUGAGCGGGCCAUUGCAUUCACAUGAAGUUGCAGUUUAGCCUGAGCAGACACAAUGUAGAUAUAAAGCCAUGUCAUACAGCAAAGUAUCUGCUGUUUGUCAAAAUCAAAUGUGUAUAUCUUUCUUAUUGUGCUGAUGUUUAACUUAACAAUACAUAUAUUUUUUUAGCCCACAUCUGUGAAUAUGGUUGCAGUGAUAUAAAUAUUAUCUGAGCAUUCAGUAUUCUCACAGAGGAGUUGGAGAGGGUUAGCGUGGCUUAUCUUUACUUUACAUGUAACAAUACACAUCAGGUACAGUAUGGUCAUACAGUGUGUUUGUUCAAAAUCUGAGCUUACUUUUAAAUGAAGAAUUAUAUUUACAUUUGAUUUCUAUUUUAACUGGCAUAUUAUGUAUUGAUAUAUAUUUAAUUUAAAGACACAUUAGGCCAAACAAUGCUGUACAACUUCCUUUAAUCUGUGGAACAAUUUACACAUUUAUUUUGUUUGUUUUCUUUUGUUUGAUUAUAUAUAUAUAUAUAACUAUAACAACAUAGUACAUAUGCCUAUUCCGUUAAGCUUGUUAUGCUGUUAAUUUAUGCUUAGUCUUUGUUUGUACAUUGAGGGCAACGUAAAACCAGAGUCAAAUUCCUUGUAUGUGUGCAGAUACCUGACCAAUAAAAGUCUAACACUUCUU